UACGCUUGGCUUUUGGCAGCGAAGCAUUGGGGGAGAGAGUAGAGACACUAAACCUUCUCUCUCGCUUUCCUUUGACGCUUCGGACACACUUUGUCUUCUUCUUCAAACCCUUUCAACCUUUCUUUCUGUCUCAUUGACCUAAUGGCACUCCCCGACUCUUCUCGCCGCAACUCUCUCAUCCCUACCUUCCUCUACUCUUCCUCUCCCAAAACCCUACCGCUUCACCGCAUGCUCAGUUCCCCCGCUGCCUCCGCCGCCGUCGACUCUCCGUCGUCGCCGUCCGUCGGAUCGCGUGGGAGCGGCAUCAUGAUUCGCUCUCCCAGCGAGUCUCGCAAGAUCGAGAUGUACUCGCCUGCCUUCUACGCCGCCUGCACCGCCGGUGGAAUCCUUAGCUGUGGUCUCACUCACAUGGCCGUCACUCCUCUUGACUUGGUCAAGUGUAAUAUGCAGAUUGAUCCUGCCAAGUACAAGAGCAUCUCGUCUGGUUUUGGUGUUUUGCUUAAGGAGCAGGGAUUCAGGGGCUUUUUCCGCGGCUGGGUGCCUACCUUGAUUGGUUACAGUGCACAGGGUGCUUGCAAAUUUGGAUUCUAUGAAUUCUUUAAGAAGUACUAUUCUGAUAUUGCUGGCCCAGAGUAUGCAAGCAAGUACAAGACCUUGAUAUACCUUGCUGGUUCAGCGUCUGCGGAGGUCAUUGCUGAUGUUGCACUUUGCCCAUUUGAGGCCGUGAAGGUCCGUGUACAAACCCAACCUGGUUUUGCAAGGGGUAUGGCUGAUGGGUUCCCAAAAUUUGUCAAAUCUGAAGGAGCUGCAGGGUUGUACAAGGGAUUAGUGCCUCUCUGGGGACGACAAAUUCCAUACACAAUGAUGAAGUUUGCUUCUUUUGAGACCAUUGUUGAGCUGAUCUAUAAGCAUGCCAUCCCUACACCAAAGAAUGACUGCAGCAAAAGUCUGCAACUUGGUGUCAGUUUUGCUGGUGGAUAUAUUGCUGGUGUAUUUUGUGCUAUUGUGUCUCAUCCUGCUGAUAAUCUCGUCUCUUUCCUGAACAAUGCCAAAGGAGCUACUGUUGGUGAUGCGGUGAAGAAGCUUGGUUUGUGGGGUCUCUUUACCCGUGGUCUGCCCCUCCGUAUUGUUAUGAUUGGAACUCUUACUGGAGCCCAGUGGGGGAUAUAUGAUGCAUUCAAAGUUUUUGUGGGACUGCCAACCACUGGUGGUCCUGCACCUGCAGCUCCUCCUGCUCCUGCUCCUACUGAGCUAGCAAAGGCAUAGAAUGUCCAAUGAUAACACACUCGAUAGUUUGUUUAAGAAAUCUAGAAAGCCAGUGAAUAGGGACCAUAAAUAAACAGAGAACUGCUGAAGUUGCUUGAGUGGAACUCAAGCUUGGUUGGAUAUUCUUUUCAAGUUCGGACAUUGUUUCCUUUUUUUUUUUUUCUUCCUUGUAUUUGAGUAUUUUAAAUUUUUGGGAGGAUGGUUUUGCUUGCAUCCUUCCUGUUCCUGAAAACUUGUAGGUAGGAAUGAUAUAAUUUUGCAUGUUAGGGUCACUACAUGCCGCUGUCAAACGGGAAUACACAUGUUUUCUUGUCUAUGCAUAAGCAUGGACGCAUAUGCAAAUUCCUUGAUUGAGAUCAAUUUUACUCCAAAUUUACUUGACUAUUUCUCUUGAAAAAAGAUAUUUAUUUUAAAUUAUGAUUAUU